AUGCCUGGCUUCGACUUCUCCAACUACAACCGCAAUGCGGCUCUGCACGCACGGGGUGUGCCCUUGCCAAAGGCCACCAGCACGGGUACCACCAUCGUCGGGUGCAUAUACGAUGGCGGUGUUGUGAUCGCUGCCGACACGAGAGCCACGAGCGGUCCCAUCGUCGCCGACAAGAACUGCGAGAAGCUGCAUUACAUCGCCCCUCAGAUCUGGUGUGCCGGUGCCGGUACCGCCGCCGACACAGAGUUCACCACUGCCCUCAUCUCCUCCCAGCUCGAGCUGCACUCCCUCUCCACCGGCCGCAAGCCUCGCGUCGUCACCUGCAUGACCCUGUUAAAGCAGCACCUGUUCCGCUACCAGGGCCACAUCGGAGCCUACCUGGUAGUGGCUGGUGUCGAUCCCACCGGAACACACCUCUUCACAGUCCACGCCCACGGCAGCACCGAUAAGCUUCCCUAUGUCACCAUGGGCUCGGGCUCACUGGCCGCCAUGUCCGUGUUCGAGACGCAAUGGAAGCCGAGCUGCACCAAGGAGGACGCCAUGGAGCUGUGCUCGCAGGCCAUCCAGGCGGGUAUCUUCAACGAUCUGGGUUCUGGUUCCAAUGUGGAUUUGGCCAUCAUCACGGCCGACAAGACCACCUUGCACCGGGGCUUCGUGAAGCCCAACGAGCGCAGCCAGAAGCUGAAGAACUACAAGUUCCCACGGGGCACUACGGCGGUACUAAACGAGAAGGUCAUCACCAAGGACGAGAUUGGAAAGUAUGUCAGCGUGCACGAGCUUGAGUCGGCCGAGGGGGAGAAGAUGGAUGUCGACUCAUAG